UCCGAUUACAGAUACCCCGAUAACAUUGUUAUAUCACCACAAAAUCUAAAUUUUCACUAUCGGCAUCUCGACACUCCCUUCUGCGCCCUCUCCUCGACGACGUAUGCGAAACCGCAACCCUAUAUUCAGACGCCGCCAUUCACGAGUGUCCUUUCCUACCCCCAUGCCUCACCCCUGACUUUAGCACAAGUCCUUCGCCCCAAGCCGAAUUCUUUUGAUUAGCCUCUGCGACCCUGCAUUCGAGCUUAGAAGAGACAUUGCAACAAGCGCCUGACCCAAUGCUUCUCUGGUUACCCUCCAUACUGAGCAAGCAUAGCGUCAACCUCAAGAUUGGGAGCUGUAAAAGUAUCCACUUGUACUUCGAGGCUAGCGUACAAUAUGCAUACGAAAUGGAAGUGGCUGGUGCACCCGAUCUUCCCUGAUUGACAAGCCACAAUAUGACGCGGCAGUUGAGCCUAAAGAAAGACUAGCGCCAGCGCUACGGUAGUGUCUCUUGUCAAAGAGUCGUCAGGUACUAUCUAGCUUUGCCUAAUCGACUAGGUCGAACCUCCCUCCCGUGGACUUGGAAAAGUUUUAGUUCAUAGCAGAAUAGUCAUCUCCUUUUCUGGAAAAGCAGGCUAUUUUCCCAGAGGAAUCAAAUUGAUCAAUCUCAUGU